AUGUCUUCAACAUCGCCACCUUCUUCACCUACUCCUGUUCCCACUGUUGUGACUGUCGCACCUCCAACUAUCCAUCUCGACUCUCCUCAAAGCUCUCCUAAGAUGGCAACAAUGGCUUCGCCACCUUCCUCACCUGGCCCGCAACCCUCUCCAGUGUUCGCUCCCCGCCCUAUGCGCAUUCCCCAGCUCUUUCGCCCACGCCCACUAGUGGCGCUUGAAAGCUCUUCUGGAAAUCAAAUGCGCACUCCGAGCCCGAAACAGCAACGCAGAAGCUCUAGUGCAGCCGGAGGGAUGAAGUCGCUGGUAUUGACGGACUCGAGACUUGCAGGGGGAGAAACCAGUGAGAUACAAGUGAGGGUCGACGACGGAGAGGGAAGCAAUAAUGGUGCGGCGGGGGACCUUCAACCGGUACAGUUGUAUAGUCCUUCAAAAGAUGUCCUCGAUGAACUAUACAAGAUUAUUCGUAACAAUAAGCCGCAACCAAGAGCUUUUGACCACCAUAGAAGACAGUUGAGUGAUGCAUCCAGUAGCAAAGAUAGUGGACGAGAUGAGAACACCAGAAGUCCCCUUAGUCACGAGUUUGGGAGAAUUCCAUUUCCUUCAUCGCCCGUCAGCAGGACCUUGAUGCGGAAUCCUAUCAUCUAUAACUCGCAGUUCGGGCAAGAGCAACAUUAA